AUGGCUACAAAUACGAACAGAUUCUCAACGUACACCGCCGCGUCCGGCGGGUCGGAGAGCAAGGAUGGCGAGAAGAAGAAGGACAUGUGGAGCUCCAUGCUCGACUCCGUCGCAAGUGGCAAGCGGCUACCAGAAAAGAACCUGCUGGUGCUAGGAGGAACCGUGGAAUCGCAACGGGAUUUCCUGGAAGCCCUCUCGACAAGCGAGUCCAGGCAAAGCCUCGAUCGGCAAAACAGCAAGAUCCCGCCCUUUGCCAACAGCUUCGCUCUCGGCUAUACUUAUCAUGACGUUCUUGACGCGGACCAAGAAGAUAUCCUCGCGCGCAUAUCUCUGUACCUCCUGACGACGCCGUCGCCAUCCUUCAGCUCCCUGAUCCAGCCCCUCCUCACGCCGCAAUCCAUACCAAACACCCUGAUAGUGAUCCUUCUAGACUGGUCGCACCCCUGGAGAUGGAUGAGGCAACUACAGGAGUGGAUCCUCCUGCUUCGAACCGUGCUGGUCGGCUUGAGCAACGAGUGCACAGAAGCAAUGGAGGAGGUCAUGGUGGGCUGGAGGGAUCGAGGAAGAGGCGGCGGAACUAAUUUGGACGGUACCAGCGCCGUUACCGGUGGAGAGGGGGAUGUCGCAUUGCCCCUCGGUCCCGGUGAGUGGGAGGACGCUCUUGGGCUGCCGCUCUGCGUAGUGUGCCAAAACGCCCAAAAGAUGGAAGUGCUGGAAAAGACCCAUGGCUGGAAAGAGGAGGAGUUCGAUGUCGUCCUGCAGUACAUGCGGACGGUUCUCCUGAGGCACGGCGCCUCGCUUGUAUACACCACCCCCAAUCUCCCCUCGCAACUGCAAAGUCUCAUCCACUCUAGCCUGGGAAUCACAUCGCUACUGAAACGACAACCCCUCAAGCACAACGUCAUCGACCGGGACAAGAUCGUCGUGCCCCCGAACUGGGACUCGUGGGGCAAGAUCAGAGUCCUGCGGGAGGGCUUCGAGGUCGAGGGCAUCAGCAACGCCUGGUCCGUGGACCUCAACCAGGACUUCCCGCUGCCCGAGACCAACGGCGAGCCGGCCGACGAGUCGGAGCUCGCCUCGUCGGCGGUGCUGCAGUACGAGCAGUCCAUACAGGACCCAAGCGUCGACGCGCUCGUCCUGGCGGGCCAGAACAGCCACACCACGAAGCUCGAGGUCGAGACGGCCGACACGCAGGCCUUCCUGGGCGAGCAGCUGACCUACCUCGAGGCCCUGCGCAAGAAGAUGGAGGAGGCGGCCAGGGCGGCGGAGGGGGACAUGUCCAAGGGCGGCGGCACGCCCACGCGCGGCGGCGCCGGGCCGAUGGGCGAGUCGGACGGCGGCCUGGCGGACCCGGCGAGCAGGGUCAACGACCACAUCGGCCCCGUGCAGUUCAACAUGGGCGGCAUCCAGGUCGAUGCCGACGACAUGUUGAACCGUCUCAAGAACCGACAGGCGUAUGGAUCCUCGCCGGAGCCCGACGACGUGGAGGCCGAGCAGGCGGCCGAGGAGGCGAAGCCGCGCGGCACGGAGCACCUCGAGGCUUUCUUCUCCGGCUUGAUGAACCGCAAGGGUGCCAAGGCUGGAUAG